AGGUAAUCGAGCUUCAUUUCAGAGUCCAUAGAAAUAGAGAUAAUAACAAUAGUACAUACAUUACAUACAUACACCUCUGAAGUUGUGUACUUCAAACUUAUCUCACUAGCUUUAUUAUUUACAUACACAAAAAUUUUAUAUAUAACUCUGCAAUUUCUUUGGUUGUGCAUUCAAGAAAAUCAUGGGGGAGGAAGAAAAGAAGGGAGGAGGAGAGAAAGUAGAGGAAAAGAAAGAAGUGGAGGAGAAAAAACAGGAGGAAGUGAAGAAAGAUGAAGCUAAAGAAGAGAAGAAAGUCGAGAAAGAAAAAGAAGCUGCUCCGGCACCAGCUCCACCACAAGUGAUUGUUAUGAGAGUUUUCAUGCAUUGUGAAGGUUGUGCCAAGAAAGUCAGGGCUUGUCUCAAAGGCUUUCCAGGAGUUGAGCAUGUUGAAACUGAUUGCAAGAGUCAUAAAGUUAUUGUGAAGGGAGAAAAAGCAGAUCCAGUCAAAGUAGUUGAAAGGGUUCAAAGGAAAAGUCACAGGCAGGUUGAGCUUCUUUCUCCUAUUCCUAAACCUGCAGCACCGGCAGCGGAGGAGGAGACCAAGGUUGCUGAGGUUAAAGAAGCUGCUGCCAAGCCUGAGGAGGAGAAAAAAGAAGAGCCUCAGGUAAUUACAGUGGUGUUGAAAGUACACAUGCAUUGUGAGGCUUGUGCUCAAGAAAUCAAGAAACGCAUUCUGAGAAUGAAAGGAGUGGAUGCUGCGGAACCAGAUAUAAAGAAUUCACAAGUGGCAGUGAAAGGGAUAUUUGAGCCUUCAAAGUUGGUGGAAUAUGUGUACAAGAGGACCGGAAAACAUGCAGUGAUUGUGAAGCAAGAUCCCGAGAAAAAAGAAGGUGAAGAGGAUAAGAAAGAGGACAAAGGCGGAGAUAAGGCAGCAGCGGGUGAUGGUAAAGAGAAGAAGGAAGGUGGUGGCGAAGAAGCAGCAAAACCCGAGGCGGCUGCUGCUGCGGAACCAGAGGGUACACAAGUGUUGGAUAUGAAGAAGAACGAGUUCUACUACUACCACCCCCAGAACUACCAAGUCUAUCCUCCUACAUUCAUCGCAGAACCAUCAUACGCCUCACACUCGUAUCCGCCUGCACCUCAAAUGUUUAGCGACGAGAACCCUAAUGCAUGCUCUGUAAUGUAAAUCUGAAGGAAUGUGAGGGCCAAAAUAGGAAGAAAUGUGGGGACUGCACACAUGGCUAUCGCUGUUAUUCUAGCUGCUCAUAUACCUUGUAUGCUAUGCAUGUGGCCUUGUCUAGGGUAUCUCUUCUCUUGGCAUUACUCUGCUGAGAAAGGGAAGCUGUAGAAUUUUUCAAGGUUCUGUACUUUUAUUUUUGCUUACUGUAAUCCUUGUUAAAUAUGCUAUAAAUAAUCUAAUUAUGAUUAUAGUAUAAUCUAAUGUAAACUAUAGUUUCUGUA